AUGCGGUUACCAUCACGGCGGCACCAUGCCGCGCCACGACGAAUGACCACGACUUCGGCCUUUUUACUUCUCGCCUUGUCGUCAUUGUCGAGCGCCAUCACAUUCACCCCAGCUCCUGCGGCAAACCUCGACUUCUCCAAACUCGGCCGAGUAGCUCUGGCCGGUGACUUCUCGGGGAUUUCGCUCUACGAAUUCGAGGGGCAGAAUGAGAGGCCAUACAGCACCAAUGGCAGCGAACAGCUCCUCGCGAGGAUGCCCAACGGCGCCUUCGCCCCAGUCGCCAACACCGACGCGACGAUCCGAACAAUGUGCGCCUUCGAGGUCGGCGGACGUACUGUUGUGAUGGUUGGCGGGAAUUUCACGAGCAUUGGAGCGGUUGACUCCGAGGUUCAGCAGUCGCCUGGCAUGGCACUUUUCGACCCAGCGACAGCCGAGAUUACGCCCUUACCGGGGCUCUCUGGCCAGGUCAAUGCAGUGCUGUGCGAUCAGCAAGCAAAUAUUGUGUAUGUCGGUGGAAGCUUUGUGGGUGCGAACUCAACCAAUGCGAUUGCUUGGCAAGGAGAAUCACAAACAUGGACGAAUCUCCCAUUUGCGGGGUUUAAUGGACCGGUAGCGUCGAUAAGCAAGGCGUCCAACGGGAACAUCAUCUUCGGCGGCAGUUUCACGGGUCUGGGAAAUGCGAGUGCUCCAAGCACGCCAGAUGGCCAAGUCAUCAACCUGUCGACAGCAAGCAUUAGCAGCGGUUCUUCGACUUCUACCCAGGGUUUCAGUGAUCCGAGAAAUAUCAUUUGCAAGACUGGCGGAGCUGACGGCGCAGGAAGCACCUGGUUGCUCCAGGACGGCACCCCGGGCUUCUGGUCCGCCAAGUUCGGAUUCGGAUUCCAGCCCACCAAAUUACGCCUUUACAACACUCGCCAGGAUGGCAGGGGAACACAGACAUGGCGGUUCACGGCUCUGCCCAUCAACGGGAUUAUGAACUUCACCUAUAUCGACCCAGCCACCCAGACAAAUAAGAGCUGCACGAGCGAAUGCCCACUCAGCAACCACCCGGAUCUCAAAUUUCAAGAUUUCCACUUUGUCAACGUCAUUGGCAUGAACGAGUUCCGCAUCGACAUUUCGAGGUUCUACGGCAGUGGUGGGGGUUUGAACGGGAUUGAACUGUUCGCGGACGAUAUCUACUCGUAUGCCAUCAACGAUUUCAACGAGCCAGCAUGCGCAGGCGGCGAAUUCCCAUCGGAAGCGACUAUCACUGGACCUUGGACAGCUACGCCUUCUCAACAAAGCACCUCUGAAUAUCUUACUGCCCGCCUUUCUGGACCUAUUACUAAUACUUCGGCGUCUGUGGUGUUCACUCCGGAUAUUCGGGAAUCCGGCCACUACUCGCUCAACCUUUACACCCCUGGUUGUUUGCAGGACAACACGUGCUCUACCCGUGGCCGUGUCAAGCUUACCGGACAGAUGACAGCUGAUCGCACCAAGAGUGAGCCAAUCGACCUGGAUCUCUACCAGACCAACAACUAUGACAAGUACGACCAGAUUUACUUCGGCGCCGUCGAUGCUAGCUCAGGUAGCUUCCGCCCCCGUGUCACCAUGACCCCUCUUGCCGGACAGUCCUUGGACGAGAUGACGUUUGUCGCACAGCGCAUUAGCUUCACCUUGAUUAAUAGCACAGGUGGUCUGAAUGGGCUGUACGAGUACACGCCUGGCAGAGCAGUCAAUGCGAGCGAUUUCAUGAGCUCUGCUUUCAACCGCUUGGGAGCUAGUUUCAGGACCGGCUCCGUCGUUAACGCUCUUGCGACGUCAGGUGACACCACCUAUAUUGCUGGCAACUUUAGCGCCGGCAAUGUUCGAAACAUCGUUGCACUGCAGGGCAACGACGCCAACCCCAGACAGCUCGGUGGCACUCUGAAUGGCGAGGUCGAGUCGUUGUUUCUUAACGGGACCAACCUCUUUGUGGGUGGCGGUUUUAACGGCACUGUCAGCGGCUCCUCAGCUGGGCUAAGCAAUGUUGCGGUUUACGAUACCUCGAGCCGCACCUGGCGUCCCCUGGGCGCUGGCGUCAACGGAAUUGUCCAGCACGUGGUUGGUAUGACCAUGAACAUCACCAGCUCGACACCUGAACUUGUGGUUGCCGUCAAUGGAGAUUUCGAUCAGCUGCGGGCUUUUGGCAACAGUCCGGCUGUUGAGGUGGAGGGGUUUGGCAUCUGGGUUCCCUCUCAAGGGAAUUGGUUGCAGAACUUGGACCUGCCGGUUGAGUUGAUUGAAGGAAUGUUGUCAGCCUCGAUUCUCAACGUUGACAGCGAAACCUCCCUCUAUGCCGGCUCGCUUGUCUCCAGGGCUCUUGGCGCCUCGGGAGCCGCGAUCCUGGGCGAGGAUCUCAGCCGCUUCCCUGUCAAGAUCCGCCCUACUCCAACUGCCUCCAGCACCAGUGCUCUGUCGAAGCGAGAUGAUGCCCUGGCGGAUAAGGGUCUGUCGGGCAUCGUCACUGGCGUUUUCGACUCUAGCAACAGCAGAAACCUCACCAUUCUGGGCGGGCACUUUACUGCUACAGAUAGCGACGGUUCCGAAAUCCACAAUCUCGCCAUUAUUGAUGGCGCUGAUGGUGAUAAGGUCUCUGGCUUCGGGCAAGAAAUCGCCCAGAACUCGACAUUUGUCGCCUUGGCUGUGCACGGAGAUACUCUAUUUGCUGGUGGCAAAGUGAGGGGCAACGUGAACGGUGUCAAUGUCAGCGGGCUUGUCACCUACAACCUCGCCAGCAAGUCCUUCAACACCCAACCCCAAGCCUUGUCUGGCGAUAAUGGCACAGUUUCUGCUAUUGCCGUGCGUGGUACCACUGGCGAUGUGUACGUCGGAGGAUCCUUCAGAUCGGCUGGCUCUUUGGGCUGCAACGGUGUCUGCUUCUAUAGCACCGCUUCGUCUCAGUGGAUUCAGCCUGGACAGAACAUGGCCGGUGCUGUUCACUCGCUGAUGUGGAUUUCCGACAACAUCUUGCUUGCUGGCGGCAACCUCACAGUCAACAACACCGUCUCGACUUUCCUUGCCACCUACAACACCGAAACCCAAACCUGGGACAACUAUCCCGGCGCCAGCAACCUUCCUGGCCCAGUCUCGGCCCUCACCAAGGGCAACAAUGAGGGCACUCACAUCUGGGCUACUGGCAUCAAUACCAAUGGCACAGUCUACCUGGCCAAGUCGGAUGGCACCACCUGGCGCUUCGCCGACGAGUCUCUCGAGGCUGGCACAGAUAUCCGUGGUCUCCAAAUAUUUUCUCUCACCUCUUCUCACGACAACACUGACCUGAUCGAUUCCAGCGAGGCUCUGAUGCUUACUGGUUCUAUCGUCCUUCCCGGCUUCGGCACAGCAUCCGCCGUCCUUUUCGACGGUCAAGAUUUCCGGCCAUAUGCCCUCACCAGCAACCGCGGCAACAUUGCUGGUACCAUUUCCCGCAUCUUCACUGAGCACAGCAACUUCUUUGACAAGGGCGGUUCACCACUGCCGCUUGUCUUUGUCGUGCUCAUCGGCUUGGGCAUCUCCCUGGCGUUGAUGCUGUUAAUUGUUGUGGCUGGCUUGCUUCUUGAUAGGCUACGCAAGAAGCGCGAGGGGUAUGUUCCUGCUCCAACAUCCAUGUAUGACCGUGGGAGCGGCAUUCAAAGGAUACCGCCUCAUGAGCUGUUGGAGAACUUGAGCAAGGGCCGGUCAGGGGCUCCUCAGGUUUAG